AACAAAACCCUCUCCCUCCUCUUCUCUCAUCCCUCCAUUACGCGUUUCAAGCCAAAAUCACAGCAAUCUCCAUCUUGACCACCAUAAUCAUCAUCAGCAGCACAAGGACCUCCUGGUUGAGACUUUUCACUGUAACAAGAUCCUCAAAGAUUUGAUCGAAGAAGUUUCCAUCGAGGGAUCGGACCCAGUUUGGAUUCUUGAGAGGGAUGGGGAUUGGAGUAAGGAGCAGCUCUGGGCUGUGGUUGUGCUGCUGUUGGAGGAAGAGAGAGUCGAAGAAGCGAUUCAGGUGUUUCAUUCGUGGAAAAACAAAGAAACAUCUCGAAUCGCUGGUGCCAACUACACCAAAAUCAUACAUCUGUUGUGUGAAAGAAAUUACAUGGAAAGAGCACUCUCAACCCUCCAUGACAUGGAGGAGCAUUGUGUUGUCCCUUCUUUGCCAAUCUACAAUGAUAUAAUUCAUGGAUUUGCGAGAAAGAAAGAGUUUGAUAAGUCAAAAAACAUGCUGAGUAAAAUGGUAGAGGCUGGUUUGCUGCCUACACCCGAAACAUAUAAUGGGCUAAUUCGAGCUUAUGGAGAUUAUAAAUUGUAUGAUCAGAUGAGUAAGUGUGUGAAGGAGAUGGAAUCAAAAGGAUGUUUUCCAAAUGAGGUUACCUAUAAUUUUUUACUUGAAGAAUAUGCUCGAGGAGGACUUUUUGAAAGAAUGGAAAGAUUGUAUAGAACUCUCCAAUCAAAAAGAAUGAACUUGCAGCCUCACGCUUUGCUCACAAUGCUGGAGGCUUAUGCUGAUCUGGGGAUCUUGGAAAAAAUGGAGAAAAUGUUCCGCAGAUUUUUGCAUUCAGAAGCAUAUAUGAAGGAAAAUCUAAUAAGAAAGUUGGCUAUGGUUUACAUAGAGCAUCAUCGGUUUGUUCGGUUGGAAGAGUUUGGGAAUGAGAUCAGUUCCAGAACUGGUAGAACUGAUAUUGUUUGGUGCAUUCUCCUCCUUGCUUCUGCUUGUCUCUUGAGCCGAAAGGGUGUAGAAUCUGUUGUUAGGGAAAUGGAUACGGCAAAAGUUGAGUUUAUAUUAACCCAUACAAAUAUUCUUGGGCUGUUUUAUCUUAAAAUCAAUGACUUCAAGGCUUUAAAUGGCGCACUUUCUCGGAUUGAAAUGCACAAAUUGAAACCCGAUAUGGUGACUUUUGGAAUUCUUUUUGAUGCUUGUAAGAUUGGGUAUAAUGGCAUCCGUGUGUUGGAAGUAUGGAAAAGAAAUGGUUAUCUAGAAAGAGCGGUGGAAAUGAACACGGAUCCUCUAGUUUUGGGUGCUUUUGGCAAAGGGUCUUUCAUCAGGAAUUGUGAGAAGACAUACUCCUCUCUUAAAUAUAAAGGGAAAGAAAGAAAAUUAUGGACUUAUGGGAAGCUAAUCAGCUUAGUUUUCGGAGGGAGAAAAGAUGGACAAGAUAAUCUAUUGCAAGCUGGAAAGAGAUGAAGGAAAGUCUCAUGUAUGUACCAAACAUUAUAUUUUUCUUUAGGGCAUGUGAUCUCUUCCUUAGCUAGUAAAUGUCUUAUAUGGUCAAUAGUUGGACACUUUCGAGAAAAGAAGCUGCAUUGAAGCUAUAAAUGAUUGAUCAGGAUUCAGCACAGACUGAAGGAGGAGCCGUAGAUGCAUAUAACUGAUGAUCUUGAGUAAGCUGAUUCUACUUCCAGCUAUCUUUGUUUCAUUGAUGUCCUAUGCAAUAACUAUUUUCUGUUGUUUAUGUUAUUAAGCCUUUUUUGCCGGUAUGAAUUUGUAUUGGCUUCUAGGAGCUAACAUCACUAGAAAAUUAUCAGGCUUGGCCGUUUUCCAGUUUUAUGUAAAAUUCUCUGAAUUGUGAAACAUAGUCUUCUUACCAAAACAUCUAUCAAACAGCCGCAUCUUUGUUAAACAAAAGUUGCAUUCCGCAUAUUUGUUAAACAAAAGUUGCAUUCUCAAAUAUAAAAAAGAAACUAUUUCUUCUUGAUCUGAAAACACAAGGGGGGAAGAAAAGCUAUAUGUCAAAAUUAAACUAUUGGGAAUGCUAAUUUUCCGUUUUGCACAAGUUACCUUCACCAUGAAUGUUUAUUAUAACAGGAGAUUGAGUUUUGAGUCCAGUGUAAGAAUGCUAGAGAAACAUGGGCAACUAAUCUGAUGAUACUUGAUUUCUACUUGUAAACUUCAGAAUCGUAGUUCUUUUACUACUAUGGCAUUUACUUCUUUAGCGUGCUAUUCAGUUUAUUAUUAUUAUUAUUACAUGUAUACUUGUUUGAAGGCAAGACCGACUAAAUAAUUUUCCUCCUUCUGGGCAGUGAAGAUCAUUAAACAAAUUAUAGUCCGUGAAGCAAGUUCUAUGUUAAGCAUUUAAGAGACAUUUAAAUUUAUUAAUGUUCCUCAAGGCAUCGUCAGGCUCAGCUGAUCAGGAUAGGCUCAUAGGCAAACAUCAGGAAUUACUUACUCCAAGCCCCUACAUACAUAGAACAAUUAUAGUUUAUGAUUCUCAUUUGUGUUGGUUUGUUGAUCUUGACCGUAUCCAGAUACUAUCAUGGUCAACGUCUUUCACCUCAAAAUGGUAUGGUUCAAAGCUCUCCUGUUUGGUGUUACAGUAUGUUGUCAAGUAUUGUAACUAUUGCUUUCUUUUUAAGGGAGUCCAUCAUGUAACCAUAUCUUUAAGAUUCUCACCUCCAUAGAAUCUGUAAGAAAAUUUGUGGUGCUUCAGGUAAAGUGUUGAUGAAUGAAUUAGUGUCCUAUGUGGUUUGGUAUAGAUGGUAACUCAUUCACAGUAGUUCAAGUCUAACAUGGUCAAAAUUAGUCCUCUUCUCAAUGAUAAAUUUUGCAAUUUACCUCUAAUAGGAAACAAAUACUGAACGUACAAAGCUAUCACAUUGAUGAUUUCUAAAUACAGGUUAUAAGCUUUUUGACAUUAUUCUCCUUAAACAUGAAAAUUUUCUUAGUAGAUAAAAUAUAUAACAAUGAGUUGAGCUGGUCAGAAUAUGUGGUAUUUGCUUUGGGAGUCUAAGAGACUGAUAUUGAAGUUUAAAGAGUAAAAUGUACACUAUUGAUACAAAGUGUUAAUAUUUAAAAGAAACAAUCAGUUACCUGGAAAGCUCUUCAUAUAAUAUGACUUCAGUUAUAGGAAAACAUGUACAGCUAGAUCUCUAAUAUCGUGUAAUAGCUAAUGGAAGACCUUGCAAGCUAUGCACCUGUUAAUUCAUAUUAAACUUGCUGUUAAAAGCUAGUCUUGAUUAAUGAAAGCUCAAGCUUGGAUCCUAGCUUGAAGUAACUAAUGGAAGAAGACUUGAAUUAGUCAUGCUACUCCUGUUUAUGACGUCAUGCAUAGUGGACGAGCAUCUGUAUGCAAAUCUUUGUAACAACAAACUAAUUCAAAUAACACUUUACUUUGGUAAAUCAGUCGGAUAAUAUUAAAUGCCUUAUUAUAAUCUUUGUGAGAUAGAAGGCUGGUGCCUUGAAAGCGGAAGGGUUGAACAUUUCAAUGUACUAUAUGUAAUAUAUCAUGCCUAAUGUGAUACAAACACCAUGUCCUCUUUUGGCAGUAACAACCCAAACAAAUGCCAAGCAACAUAGCCCUAAUGUUUUCAUCAAUUGAUUUGUCUUCAUCUUGCUUGCACUUGUUAGAUCUCGGCCUGCAAUCUUCCAUAUCAAAUCCACGUAUCUCUGUGGAAGUGUUUGUUUUUAUGUUUGCAGAAGAUGUCCUCUCAGAAGAAGGCACCCGUGUUUAUAUCAGUUUAUGUGGUGAAGCCUAGGCGGUCAACUGAUCGUUGGAGGCCCUACCAUCACCACCACCAUCACUAUCACCACGUUCACCAUCAUCAACGUGGUGGUUAUGAUCGGAAGGCUGAGCUUCUUCAGUAUUGCCAACGGUUGAGGACCAAUGCCCACCGUGAACAAACACCUUCCACCCCCAAAACCAGCUCCAAGCUUACUUCUAACAAGAUUAUUCCACUGCAUCGCAACCCAAGUAUUCGAAGGAACCCGACGUGCUUAGGGAAUUGGAAGAGGUUGCUGAUACCGGGAUUCAUUCUGAGACCAGGUGUUAUCUUCAGAAGGAAAAAGGAGAAGAAGAUGACAGUCAAGAAGAUGAGUGAUUCUAUGGGAAACACAAUGCAUCUAAUUGCAAAGAACAUAAGGGCUGAGAAGCAGCAGGGAUUUGUUAAGAAGCUUCUCUCCAAUUUUAGAAGACGUAAAUGAUCAUAUUGUGAUUUGAUGGAUGAAAUUGAUUUGGUUAUAAUGUAACAUGAUUUGUGUGCGAGUUGCUUUAUAAACUCCCGAUAAAAAAAUUUAGG